UUUUCAAACCAUUAUGAUCAGUGCCUCAUCAAAGCCACCAUGGGAGUUUCCUACCUUCUCCUUCUACUCCUUUUGCCUCUGCAUUUCACCUUCGUCCUCCCAUGGAAGAAGGACGAGUUCAGGAGCUGUAACCAGACUCCCUUCUGCAAGCGAGCCCGCGCCUUUAAGCCUGGAUCAUGUUCCCUUGUAGCUCAUGAUGUUUCUAUUAAUGAUGGGGACCUCACUGCCGCGCUCCUUCCCAGGAAUCAGAACCCAGAUCAUCCAUCCAAGCCCUUGUUACUCGCUCUUUCUGUGCAUCAAGGCGGCGUUCUGCGCCUCAGGAUCGACGAGGAUCCUUCUUUAGAUCCUCCCAAAAAGCGAUUCGAGGUGCCGGAUGUGAUUCUUGAUGAGUUUUUGAGCAAUAAGCUUUGGUUGCAGCGAUUUUCAACCGAGACGAUUGGCUCCGAUUUGAGGCCGUCUUCGAUUGUGUACUUGUCCGAUGGUUAUGAGGCAGUGCUUCGGCAAGAUCCUUUUGAGGUUUUCGUGCGUGAGAAGUCAGGUAAGCGCGUUUUAUCUUUAAAUUCUAAUGGUUUAUUCGAUUUCGAGCAAUUGAGGGUUAAAAAAGAAGGCGAGAACUGGGAGGAGAAGUUUAGAGGACAUAUUGAUACCAGGCCGUACGGUCCCCAAUCGAUUAGUUUCGACGUUUCGUUUUAUGAUGCUGAUUAUGUUUAUGGAAUACCGGAGCGUGCAACUAGUCUCGCUCUUAAGCCCACCAGAGGACCCGGCGUCGAGGAGUCGGAACCUUAUAGGCUGUUUAAUUUGGAUGUUUUCGAGUAUGUUCACGAUUCUCCGUUUGGGAUCUACGGGUCAGUCCCUUUCAUGAUUUCACACGGUAAAUUGCGGGGAACUUCUGGGUUUUUUUGGUUGAAUGCUGCUGAAAUGCAAGUUGAUGUUCUUGGAUCUGGCUGGGAUGCUGAAUCAGGGAUUUCUCUUCCUUCAUCUCAAGGUAGGAUUGAUAGUUUUUGGAUGAGUGAGGCGGGCAUUGUGGAUACUUUCUUCUUUGUAGGUCCAGAGCCUAAGGAUGUUGUUCGGCAGUACACAAGUGUGACGGGGACUACGGCAAUGCCCCAGCUCUUUGCAACAGCAUAUCAUCAAUCUAGGUGGAAUUAUAGGAAUGAAGAGGAUGUUGCGAAUGUGGAUUCUAAAUUUGAUGAACAUGAUAUUCCCUACGAUGUGUUGGUGCUUGAUAUCGAUCACACAGAUGGAAGAAGGUAUUUUACAUGGGACAGGGAGCUUUUUCCCCAUCCGGAAGAGAUGCAGAGGAAGUUGGCUGCCAAAGGAAGGCACAUGGUUACCAUAGUGGAUCCUCAUAUUAAGCGGGACGGUUAUUUUCCAUUGCAUAAGGAAGCAACAAAGAUGGGAUAUUAUGUCAAGGAUGCUACUGGAAAUGAUUAUGAUGGGUGGUGCUGGCCAGGUUCAUCAUCCUACCUAGACAUGUUAAGUCCACAGAUCAGGGCAUGGUGGGGAGACAAGUUUUCUUUUGAAAACUAUGUUGGUUCGACUCCUUCCUUGUAUAUAUGGAAUGAUAUGAAUGAGCCUUCUGUUUUCAAUGGUCCAGAGGUUACAAUGCCUCGAAAUUCUCUACAUCAAGGAGGUGUAGAACAUCGAGAAUUACACAAUGUCUAUGGAUACUACUUUCAGAUGGCUACUUCAGAGGGGCUAGUUAAGCGGGGUGAUGGAAAGGAUAGGCCUUUUGUGCUCUCGCGAGCAGUUUUUGCUGGAAGCCAAAGGUAUGGAGCAGUAUGGACGGGAGAUAACACAGCUGAUUGGGAUCAUCUCAGGGUUUCUGUUCCGAUGGUUUUGGCUCUUGGCCUUACUGGAUUGUCAUUCUCCGGUGCCGAUGUUGGUGGUUAUUUUGGAAAUCCUGAGACUGAGCUGUUAGUGCGUUGGUAUCAGCUAGGUGCCUUUUAUCCCUUCUUUAGAGGCCAUGCUCACCACGACGCCAAAAGGAGAGAACCUUGGUUAUUCGGGGAACGAAAUACAGAACUGAUGAGAGAUGCUAUACGCGUUCGGUACAUGUUGCUACCGUAUUUCUAUACCCUAUUUCGAGAAGCAAAUACAAGUGGUAUUCCUAUUUUACGUCCAUUGUGGAUGGAAUUUCCAUCUGAUGAAGUUACAUUCAGAAAUGAUGACGCUUUUAUGGUAGGGAGUGCUCUUUUAGUGCAAGGAAUAUAUACCAAGGCAGCUAAAACAGUGUCAGUGUAUUUGCCUGGCGAACAGUCUUGGUUUGAUUUUAGAACUGGAACUAUGUAUAGGGGUGGCAUCACCCACCGGCUAAAGGUUUCUGAAGAAAGCAUCCCUGCUUUCCAAAAAGCUGGAACGAUACUGCCCCGAAAAGACCGCUUUCGUCGGAGCUCUACACAGAUGGUGGAUGACCCCUACACUUUGGUGGUAGCUCUUAAUAGUUCACAAGCAGCAGAAGGCGAGCUUUACAUUGAUGACGGUAAAAGCUUCGAAUUUAAGCAAGGCGCAUACAUCCAUCGCCGAUUCGUGUUCUCAGGGGACAAGCUUACAUCAUUGAACGUGGGACCUAUUGAUUCUAGUAGCAUCAAGUUUUCUUCCAACAGUGUUAUUGAGAGGAUUAUAGUUCUUGGACAUAGUGGAUCAAAAUCUGCUAUAGUUGAGCCAGAAAAUAGAAAGGUUGAUAUCGAACUUGGUCCACUGCACUUCCUGACAGGGCGACACAUAUCCGUUCUUACACUUCGGAAGCCCAACUUGUUGAUUACAGAUGAUUGGACGGUAAAAUUUUUGUAAGAAUUCAUAAUUGUCUUUAUGGUAGAAAGGAGUAGGAAAAGGUUAUGGUAAGAAAAGAAUGAUACUGUGUGGUGAAUCUCUGGUUAAAAUUGUUGUUCUCAAGACGAGAACUAAUGAUAUUUAAGAGCUCCUGAAAUGCGCUGUUUUUUUA